CAGAGCAGACAGGGUAUGCAGCAUCCAUGCUUUUCAGCCAUGACUGUAGGAGUAGUGCAAAAUCUGCGGGGCUUUGCCCUAAGUCAUCCACCACUGCUGGUGUUCAGCUCGUGUCUUUUGGCCUUUGGAGUCACAAUGAUUGUCCUGGCCUACAUUAUUGGAGGCACAGAGCUGCCCAAUCCAGACAUCGACAUGGAUUGGAAUGUGUUUCUUACACAUCUCUCUGAGUUGCACUACUGUGUCGGACCUCAAUCAAAUCCUGGGAAUGAAGGGCUACAGUUUGGAGGUGGAAAGCGUUCUGUGCCACCACUUGCUGCUUCUAAUGUAACUGCUGAUGUGCCCGGUGUAAAGGCUGUGGACAGGGCGAAGAGCCUGAGCGCACUGCUUCCAGACUUGGGCUCUGGUGACCCCAAAGAUGACAGCCCCAAUGUCACAGUCGCCGUGGCAGUGCCAGCGACUUUCUUUCGGGAGGCCCUGUCCAGCCCCGUGUUUUGGCAUGGCAAUGCUCGGGGGUACAUGCUAGGUUUUUCAGGGAAACGAGCGAAGGAGCAGCUCCUGCUCACCAUGAUCCUGUGGCCUCGCAUCAACGACACCAUGGCAGCCUGUGCUGGGAAGCACUGCCAUGUGGAUACAGACACCUGCAUUAUUCUGCAGGGACCUUCGCACCUCUUGCCCAAGACUAAGCGGCCCCCUAAGUGCUUUCUGGAGGCUGUGCCGCCAUCAGUGAGCCGGCAGGUGUUUCUGCAGCGCUCAGCUGCUGACACGGGAGGCCGCAUCAACUGCAGUGGUGGCAUCUGGACUAGCUUCUUGUACAAGCCUAAUCCUGAGCUCACUGUCAUGCUUUCUUAUGGUGAUCGCUCUCUAGUGAACCUACAUUUGAUCCACACCAGCUACUUCCUUUUCUUCGUGGUGAUGACACUGGCCUGCUAUGCCAUAAUUCGUGGCCGCUUCCACAAGGUGACCAUGGAGAAGGUUGUACAUCCUUGACACACGCUUCACCUACCAAGACACAACUUGCAACAUUCCAAGGAGCAAUGGAGCACUACAGCUACUGAAAGAUUAUCGAGUGCUGCACCGGUGAAAGCUGCACACCUCGCCAUGCACCAAGUUGGCUUGUCUGCCAACGGUAGCAUCGCAGAACUGUGGAUAUCAUUGCUUUGAGGCAUCAUCUUUACUGAAACUACGUAAUCAUCACAUGGGGUUGCUGCACACAAAUGCAAUUUUGGGCAUAUUGCUGAGCUGGUCAUUUUAUUUGUGAAUAAAGAAAGCAAGAAGCUAGCCCAGCACAUAAAUUUUCGUAUGCCGACAAAAUGGUGCUGUGUUAAAGUUGUGUGCUACUUGCAUGGUGCUGAGGACACUUUGGACUCCUGUGGAUGGUUGCAGACAUUGUUUUCUCAGUCAUCAUGAGGAAAUGUGGCAUGCUUGAUUGGCAUGCCCUUGGAGAGAUACUGUGUAACAUGAUUGACAGGAAACGCUUCAUCAGCCUGGCUCUGCACUGCACCGGUUUCCAAAAUCUAAGAAAAAUAAAUCCUGUAAAUAACUUCAUAAAUCGUUGCUUUUUCUGGUCUGUAUGUUGUCAAAUGUUUGUUCAUGCGCCCGAAAAAAAAACAUAAAAUAAAACCAGUAGUACUGUUG